AUGACGGCCAACAAGGAAAUCUAUCCACUGGCAUAUUCAAUCGUGGCCUCUGAAAAUAAUGCCAGCUGGACUUGGUUUCCCGGACGUCUUGCCAGGGUUGUUUUUCCCAAUCACGCUUCAAUCUGCAUCAUUUCUGACAGACAUGUUGGAAUAGAUGCGGCGUUUAAUGAUCUGCUAGAACUGCAAAGCCCACAUGUGAAAUACCGCUACUGUCUAAGACACAUUCGCAGCAAUGUCAUAACGAAGUGCGGGAGAAAUAGGAGAUUACAUAGCCUCGUAUGGGAAGCCGGUGCUGCUGUUACAGAGAAUAAAUUCCUUGAACACAUGCAGACCAUAAAACAAAAUUGGCCGAGAACAUACAACUAUCUUGCCAGAAUCAAUGUAGAGAGGUGGACAUUAUCCCACGAUGAUGGCCAUCGGUACGGCAUAAUGACAACGAACUCUUCUGAGUCUUUCAAUAACUCUCUUAAGGGUUGUCGAAUGCUACCGGUGACUGCAAUAGCAAGAAUGACUUUCCACAACUUACGGAUAAUGUUUGCCGACAGGCGUACUUCAGGGGAGGUCAUGCAUGAAAGAGGCUUGCGUUUCAUCACAAAGAUUUGCGAGGAUUUGUCUACUCGAGAGGCUGAGUCUGCCAAUGCAUCUAUUGAAAGAUACAAUGACAGAAUUGGAAUCUACGGUGUUGCUCUAAAUACUGGAUAUAUGCUCCAAAGUCAGCAAAAUCACGUCCAAGUUAACCUGGUAGAUCUUACGUGCCAAUGCGGAAUGUGGAACGUUAAUGGCAUACCGUGUGCCUAUGUGAUUGCAGCUUGUAACUUCCGAAGGGAGGGGUAUUACUCGUUUGUGCCAGAGGUGUACUCCGUCCAAAACUACAGGAACAGUUAUGCUGCUAAUUUCUAUCCAGUCAAUGAAGAAAGCCAGUGGAUAGUACAUGUCAAAUGCCUUCCACUAAAACCCGCAACUCUGCAACGAUCUCAACGAGGCCAACGACAGACACGUAGGUUUCACAAUGAAAUGGACUUUAGUAGCAACACCAAUCAAAUAUGUAUUUAUUGUCGUAGAUCAACAAACUCUUCGAUGGAAUGUCUACGUUUGAAUCAUCAAUGA